AUGGAUCCAACUCAAAAUUCAGAGCAAUUCCGAAUGAACCAAGGCAAUUCCUUCCAAGGCCUCGAUCCUCAAGGUAUCGCGGCGUUCUUGAACCAGAUCUCAUCGAUUCAGGCUCACCUCAACAGGAAUGGCAGCAACCCUGGCCAAGAUUCAUCGAGCCACUUCUACCUUCAUCCUUCUGAAAAUACUGGUAUUCCCCUCAUCCCUACCAUUCUUGAUGGCAAGAAUUACAGUAGUUGGAGCAAUGCAAUGUUGUUAGUCCUAAAAUCGAAAAACAAGCUGAAAUUUGUUGAUGGAAGUUUAAAGAAGCCUGAUAAGAAUGAUCCAUUGUUUGAACUGUGGGAUAGAUGUAAUACAUAUGUCUUAGCCUGGAUUAAAAUCUCGUUGAACCCUGAAAUCACCCGAAGCGUGAUGUGGAACAAGGUUGCAUAUGAGCUAUGGGAGGACUUGAAACACAGGUACCAUGAGGGUGAUAGAUUUCGAAUUGCAGAACUGCAGGAGGAGCUAUACGGAACAAGACAAGGAGAAAUGAGCGUGAACAAUACUUCACAAAACUGA